AUGGGCUCUGCGCCCACCCGAACGCUAUCUAAGCCUGCUGCGGCCCCGAAUGGGACUGGUGGACGCGCGGGAGGGGCGGGUGCUGGGUUGAUGAGCGAACGGGGUCGAACGGCGGGAGACGGUGCUGUGGGACGGUCUGCGGGUGCUGGGACUGAUUUGUCGGCGCAGAAAAGUCUCGCAAAGGCUCCGCUGAUCAGCAAGGACACGCGAACGACGUCCAAUUCAUCGUCAAGCAACAACGCCGGCUUCGAAGACGAAGUCGUCCUAGUCCCUACCUCGUCCUUCUCCUCGAACCGCCAACACACCAUCCCGCUCACUACCCCCUCCGCAUUCCGUCCUUUCUCGUCGCCCACAUCGUCGCAGGAUGCGGAAGGUACCGAGGGGCCGAACAAGCCUGUUGAAGGAGUGUUUGCGACGCAUCGGCGCUGGACGAACGGAGGAACGGACCGCGAUCGCGCAGGCUUGAGCGAAAAGGCGCGGGGCAAGUUGCCUGCCUCGACAGUGGACAAGGUUGCUACGGCUGACAGGCGAAGAAAGAGCCUUGACGCCAUCGCGCGCGGCGGGAGCAUGUUCGAAGGCGUCGAGAUUGAGGUGCCGGCCAGGCGCAAGUCGCGGUUGCAUAUGCGGUGGACGUCGGGCGAUAGCGUUGCGGACGUCACGCUCGAGCGGUUUGCGGCGUCGUCGAGUGGGUCGGCGACGAGUCCAAAGGCCGGUGGUGCGCGGAUCUCACCUGCGCUCGUCGAGGACUCGGCAUCGCCGCCAACGCGCAGGUCCAGCUCGAGCGGCGAGACCCUCAUUGUGUCGAAACAUCACCCUUCCGCCGCCAAGCCUCGAGACCACUCAACAAGCCCCGAACUAGCCAAGCAGCUUCCCUCGCCCUCACCGUCAACUUCCCUCCCCGAGAAGAGCCGUGCACCCUCUACCUCCUACUCCACCACUUCAUCACGCGCGAAGCACUCCUUCGAACUCAUCAUCGACCAGCCUGCCCGUCCUCGCGCUCCGCCCAAACCCACUCGCAAACCCCUCCGCUUCCCCGACAAACCCGCCUCUCAUCCUCUCAACCUCCUUCGCAUCCGCUCCCACCCGCUUGACUCGGAUGUGCCUCCGCCUCUUCCAGUCCGCUUCGUCCGCAAUCCGCACUUUGCGCCGGCGCAGGAAUUGGGAUGGAUCGAAGGGAAGGGUCCGCAUGUUGAGGUGAAGAAGCGGAUGGGGCCGGUUGAGCGGGCUGCUGCUGCGUCCCUGUCGAUCUCGAGGGAACAGUCGCCUCUCGUCUCGGCAGAAGGAACGCCUGGACCGGGCGGAGGGAGAAGGUCUACUCGUGUGCCAGUGCAGGCUCGUCCGCCGAGCAUGAUCUACCCCUCAGCUAUCGAUCGCCUCGCCUCUUCGGCCAAACGCUCUCGCUCCCCCUCCUCGCAACUCCCAACUCCUCCGCCAUCCACCUCGAUCCCCCUCCCGCGCCGCCCACCUCUCUCAACAGUCCUCCGGAAACGUUACGACUGGCUUCACCCCCGUUCUCGUGGUCCAUUCAGGAUCGACGGCUCGGCGCUAGGGACGGACCCGACGUUGCUUGGGUACGAGUGGGACGAGGACGAGUUGGAUGAGGAGCGGUGGGCGGGCGGAGAGUGGGUUGAAGAGGAUGAGGACGACGAUGGUGAGGUCAAGACGGGGCGGUAUGGCGGGCCUUGUCGCGUCGCGCAGGCGGCAGAGGCUGCUCGACGAGCGCUCUUCUCGCCUCCCUCGUCUUCCUCGUCCAAAACCUCGUCCUCGUCCUCGCCUGUCAAAAUCGCCCUCGAUAUCAAGCCAUGGACGGUCGUGCCAUGGGCAUGGAAAGACUUUGACGUCGCGAAAGGCCGCGCAGGACCAGCCGGAACAGCAGGCUGGGCGACCCGCGAUCCAUGGAUGCACUACCUUUUCGACUCCUCCGAUAGCGAUGCCGCCGCGUCUUCAUCGGUCGUCGAAACGCUCAGCAGUUCUGUUGCGCAUCACUCGCCGAGACGGGUGCUUGCUGCCGCGGCAUCAGGGUCCUCGUCAUCGCCGCCUGCGCAAGUAGGCGCCAAGAUCACGGCUGUCCCGCCUUCCACGUCGUCCCCUGCGGUCGUCCAGACGAUCGAGUCGACACCUAGCGAAGACGACGCGGUUUCCAGCUCGUCUAGUCGACGCGAGAACGCGCAACAAGCCGGCACGCUUACCUCGCCCGUCAUCAUCGACUCGACUACCGGCUCGUCCGCUGCGAGCUCGCGGGAUCCGUCGCCAGUCCUAGUUGCGACGUCUCACCGGAGACAGCGAAUCGAGCAUGCGGACUCAUCGCCUGACCCGCUCGACCAGCUCUCCGGCUCAUCGGUCCAUUCGACCGUUGCUUCCUCCUCGCGGCAACAUUCGGCGACCUCUCCGACGGAUACAUCAAGCUCGUCUAGUAGUGCUUCGUCUAGCUCGCGAGGCGUACAGCCCACCGCCGGCCCUUCCAACCCGCACAGGCGAUCCCUCAGCCGUCGCCUUCCCUCGACUACCGCGUCAUCUACCUCCUCCUCCUCAACUUCGUCGUCUGAUGCAUCACUUACCUCCUCAUCGGUGUCGCCUCCGGCAAAGCCCGUCGCUGUUCCCUCGAACCCGAGAACGCGCCCUGCAAGGCGACGCAUCGUCUCGGCGACCACCUCGACAGCGUCGCCCUCCGCCUCCGCCUCGGCAUCCACCUCAGCAUCGGCAUCCACCUCAAGCGUCUCUCCUCCACCAAAGAAGGCACCUCCAGCUCCUCCGCCUCCCGCCGCCAAGAAGCGCAAAGUGGAUGACAAGCCCGCCGCGAGACCAAGGAAGCCGCCUACUCCGCCGCUCGUCCCGAAGCAGGCGAACCUCAAGCGUCCGUCUUCGUCGCCGGAGGGGUCAGCGGCGGCGCUGAAGCGGCGGAAGAAGGAACCGACGCCCGAGGGGUUCACUCGCUGCGCACAUCCUGGCUGCCCCUCGCCCUUCUAUCAGUCCAAGGCCGCCUCGUCCGCCGGCAACCACGCCCAGAACUACCACGGCUCGUCGACGACAAUCUCGUGGCGCGACCCCGAUCGAUCCGCCCAGCUCGCGCGGUCGAAGAAGACGGGCGCGUUCGAGUGCGAGUACUGCGGGUUCUGGAGCAUGAAUGCGGCGAGUACAAAACAGCACACGUACGUGAGGAAGGGGAGGGUGUGUCCUGGACCGCCUCUCCGUGCGCGGUAG